AUGGCCGCGACCCCUCAGCAUGGCCCAGCGAUGAUGCCGCCGCUUCCGUACGGCACGGACCACCAGGCACCACCGCCGAUGCCUCCGAGUGCCCCGCCGAUGGCCCCGAGGGCCCCGCCGCCGCCGCCGCCUCCGCCGCCGUUCAUGGCGCCGCCGCCUCCUCCGGCACCCGCCGAGGGGUCGUCGCAGCAGCAGCAGCAGCCAUCGAGUUACGGCAAGAAGCUCAGCCUGGGCGGCGGCUCGGUGAGACUCCAGCUGAACCGCGACUACUACCGCACGACUCCGGGCAUACUGGGCAUAGUGGAGGUACUCUGCUCGUGUGCCAUCGUCACGACGCUCAGCCUGCGCGGGUUCGUGUUCGACGUGUUCUUCUUCCUCUGCAACCUGGGAUUCACGUACGCGCUCGUCGGCGCCAUGUUUUUCGUGAACGGCCUGGUGGGCUCGCACGCCGGCCGCGACCUGCCCCUGCUAGUGGCCGUGCAGUACUACGGGCUCGGCUUCAUCAUGUUCCUGGCCGCCGGCAUCGCCAGCCUGGUCAAGUCGCAACGCGAGGUGGUCGCUAUUAUGGUCGGCACCGUGGCCGUCAUUGUGGCUAUCGCGCUCUUCGUGCACGCUGUGUACGCGGUGCGGACCUCCUGA